GGGUAGCUAGCUGCUUCCUGUGUUACUGGUCAGUUUGGCCACACCGGUUUCUGCAUCUAUUUCGGUACAGACACAUUUCUGUGCUCAAAUUUGAGUGUCCUUUGCCCCACUGCAUUUACCACAUGGAUCUCAGGGCUUGACACGGGCCGUGGAUUCUUCUCUCUACCCCAAACAUGGAAUACACAAUCAAAAGGCAGAUGGCGAGCUGACCAAACUGGGGACCAUAUAGACGCCGCCAUCUACAACCUACUGCAGAGGUGUGAUUGGUGUCAACCAUCAGCCUUCACCAUGACCUGCGUGGAGAAGCGUCAAUACGUGAGCCACCGGAGCACCAUGCUCCACCACCGCUUCCCCAAUGGCUUCACUGAGAUCUUCAUGGACGAGACGGACCGAGAGGUCAGCACGCUCACCGACCGCGCCUUCCGGAGCCUGUGCAUCGGAGACGAGGCCGCCUACAACGAUGAGUUCUCAUACGGAUACCCUUUCAGCUGUCACAAGCCCCUAGUGGAGGAGCCCCUGAAAAGGACUAAAGACACUGGUAAAAAGCACCAAAUCAAUGGUACCAUUGGCACUCAACCCUGGAAGCAGCAGAAGAGCAUGUCCAGUUUGACUCUCCUCAAAGCAUUCAGUGCUACAGAGGAGAAAUGUGAGGGCAUGCUGAUUAAAAACUGGGAUUUUAAGGACACUAACGGAGACUCUUGGGAUAAGUCAGCCCUCCUCAGCAUCGAAAGGGAACUAUCGGAAUUCUCCUCAGAUUAUAACAACCUCAUAGCCAAGAAAUCAGGCAAGGAUGCAAAGUUCUCUAAGACAAAAAACUGCAUAACCAACUUCAAGCUGCGGAAACUGCACAUCAAAAACUGUUUCCUCCACAGCGAGUUCAGCCCAUUCCAAUCGUGGAGGGAUUUUAACCACUCUCCGUUCGGCCAGGAAGACAUCACCUCCAUUCCCCAUGUGGUGGACAACCUCCCUAAGUGGUAUGACUCCCCUUUAUACAAAGAGCUGACUGAGGCACAUAGAAUAGAGACUUUGCGUGCAGAGGAGAUGGAGCAGCAGUUCCAGAAACCAGUUGAACCCCCCCCUCCUCCUCGUCCUCCACCCAAGGUUCUACCAAAACCCUCUGCCCCUGAGAAGAGGUGUGCAUCAGACACCUCUUCCCAGGGUGAAACCAGCACCCCCUGGAGAAGAAACAGAGUGAGAGUCAAGAGUGCUGUGCCUGUCAACCAACCAGGACUACUUUGCACUCCCACUGAAACCCCCAAACUGGUGGAGGAGAGUAACAUACCUUAUAAAAAGAAAGUAAAGUCGAUAAAGGUGAAAGAAGUGGAAGAGCCGUGCUCUUUGACCUCUACUCCAUUCAGCAUUUCUCAGCUGAUGACACCCAUAAUACCAUCCAGACAGGCCACAGACACCUCAGAGAUCAUGUCAGCGGUGCUCUCUCCCUCUCUCCUUGAUCUUACCCGCCUAGACUUAGAGCAUGUGUCGCCAGUCAAAUCAAGGUCGACCCCAGAGGUCAUCAAACGAGAGAGCUACAAAUCCAUCGCGUCCAGUUUGUUGUUCAACCUCAAGGAUAACAGGAAGAGGGUCAAGAGCAGGUACAGCCCGCCAAAGUUCAAAACCGAACAGGCGGAUCAGCGUACUCUGUCUCCAAAGAUGCUGGAACAGAGACUACUCAAAUAUGCACAAGCUCCUUCUGACGUUACAGCUUCUGGCUUCAGUACACCUGCCAUUCUAGCCUCUGGCUUCAGUACACCUGCCAUUCUAGCCUCUGGCUUCAGUACACCUGCCAUUCUAUUAGAUGGACUGCCUAUCUGUAGCCCUGAUGUUUCUGAAUCUAGCAAUGCUGGUCUUAGGAAAUAUCUAGAUUCUGAUAUAUCAGACGAUUACUUGAUAUCCAACUUAUUGCAAACCAAAAGAGAGGCUGCGGCUAGCAGGAGCCCCGGGUCUCCCUUUUCACACCCAAAGGUGAACAAGAGCCCUCGGACUAAGAAACAAAUGUACCCAACUCUGAACUUGUACAAUAGUCCUGUAGAGCCAGAGAUGAAACACUUCUCACCGUCAAUGAAUAAGGAUACUUUGUCCAUUACCACACAAAAAAACAAAGGGCUUUCUCCGAAUAUGUCGGACAACACAAAAGACCAUCCUACUCCACAAAAGGAUAGGAUUUCUCUGAAUAUAUCAGAAAAGCCAGUGAAAGAGAUGCCGGCGCUAAAGGAGAAAGGUGUCGGUGACCAGCCUGUACAUACAAGAACGAAUAGGGAAGCAUUACCUACAGCACAAAACAAAGGGUUAUCCCCCAACAGAACAGACAAUGCGAAACAGCCAACAAAAGACACAGUGGAAUUCAAGGAAAAACAUAAUGAUGAACAGACUGCAAGUACAAGAGAAGCCAUCACAGCAACUAGGGACACAUUGAUAACAGCUCAAAAUGAAAUGCUGCCCUCAAAUAGAGCGUACAACACCAACAGGUCAACAAAGGACAUGGUAGAGUUAAAUGUCAAAGACAGUGUUGAAGAGGUUAUGAGAGCCGGUAUGGAAGCAAUAUUUACCACCCGAAACAAACUAUUCUCUCCCAAUAGAGCAGAAGCUGUUGAAGCGUUAACCAAUAAGACCAACAUUGUCAAAACAGAGGACCCUCAAGUGAAAGAUGAAAAGGGAAUUGUAGUAGAGGAUAGACAUUUGUUUUAUUCAUUUUCAGUGCCAAGGCCAAGCUACAGACAGAUAGAGCCACAGGCAACAGGUGACAUUUGUCCAAUGGAAAACAUCCUCGCCAACGGAUUAAUAGAAAGUUCAGAAAAAGAGAAAGAACGUAUGGUGGUAGAAAAAGCGAAGGAGCCUGUUAAAGAGCAAGGCAGGUUUAAGCAUACAUUUUCAGCGAGACAGAACAACUAUAUUAAAAGCCAAAGAUAUGCACUGAUGGAGAAUGGCGAGGAAGAGCAGGAGGGGGAAGAUUUAGAACCUAAAAUGGAGGUGAAUAACAAGAAAGACAUGGAUAAGGAAGUACAGGAUACAGAGAGUUCAGUUCACAAAGAAAUGAAAGAUAGUGAAAAUAUAAUAAGCGACUUACAUGCACUUAAAGAGCUGGAGAAGGCCAGAUUGGGUGGACGCCAUAGCAAGGACGGUGAGAAUUUGAAGCCCAAGCCAAUGAUAGAUGGGGAGGCAAAAGCGAAAAACGAUUUAAUUUCAAGGGAGCUUAGGAACAUUAAAAGGGGUAUUCUUUCUAUGCGAGGAAACACGUUCGCUAAAAAAGAGCCAUUUGCGAAUAGAGAGAAGGAGCAAGCGAGGCGUGAUGUAUUCUCAAAGAUAGACAACAACGUGGUUGUAAACAAAUCUUUGAUCAAUGACAAUUAUGACAAGGCUAAAAUGGCACUCGAGGAAAUCAUAUCGGAUAGAGCAGAGAAACGUAAAAAUCAAGUAUUUAGUCAUAAAGAAUGUGAAAACAAUAGAGUCCCUGAUGAGAACCCGGAUGAUAGUUAUAAUGUUAGAGUCCAAAAGAGUAGACCAGCUAGACAGGAUUAUAUCAGGAAAGCAACAGAUGGGAAACAGAACGAGGUCAGAGGGAGGCUAGGGGAUCUGAAGGAUCAUCAUCAGAUACAAGGAAUUCUUUCCCAGACCGAGACAAAACUUGGCGAAAAUCACAGAUUCGGUGCCACAAUCUACACUGAACAAAAUGAACUGGCAACAGGAUAUAUCAGGGAGGAGCAAGUGCAAGGAAACACAAUCAAUAAUGUCAGUGGCAAACAAAAACACAAUAUUAGCAAAUACCCAGCAGAGGAGAGUGAUAGAACCGUAGCUAAACAGCUAUCAGUUGAAACAAGAGACGACACCUCUAGAAACGCUGAGGUCGUCACAGAGGAGAGUCAAACGGACGCACCAGUUAUCAAACCAAAGGUACCACCGAGGAGCAAGAAAGGGAGCAUUAAAAAAGAGGACAGCUCAGAGAAGGAGAAAGAAUGUGCAAAUGUAAUGGACAUAAUUGAGGAGGGCACAAAGAACAAGGACUUUUCAAUUAGGGAUAGUAAAAAUGAUAACAUUCUACGAAAAGAGAACACACACGCAAGGGGCAAGGUCUCAAGUAAGGAGGCCCUCGAUGCAAAGAUACAAGCUGAUCAACAAACAGAUGCACUUGAAAUGGAGAAGACAGCUGAGCAAGAGAAGCGUUUUGUACAAAAUAAACACCACGUUGGUCUGCCAGGAGAGUACUCAAAGUAUCCACAUGAGGCAAAUACCUGUUUUUCCCCCAGUGAGGAGAAGGAAAAAGAAAUGAAGGCUCUAUUAAAUGAAAGGCAAACUAACACACUUCCUCGGAAGAAACUCAAAGCAGAGGAAAUACAACACAAUAUUGAACAACGGGAACAACUGUGUGUGAGAAGGAAGGCCCCUUUAAAACCAGACAAGGAUCAUUCAAAACCUUCAAACCAAGUAAACACCAGUACCGAGGAUGAAUCAAUUAUGAAAAAAGAUAGCAUGAAAAAGAUUCAAGCAAAUGAAGAAUCUGACAAAUCAGUUAGGGUUUGUGAAGAUAUUGCACAUGUUGAUGAAGUAGUGGAGUAUUACUCUGUAAGUGAUCAUGAAAAUGAGGUCUUUGAAGACAAGCCAGUAGUCCGUCCCAGGCGAGACAGAGAAACAUCCCUGAAGGAGGAAAAUGGGCCGAGAGCCAGAGAGAUGGACAAAAGAGGAUGGUUCCAGAGCCCGAUGGACGACACAAACAAUCAAACGCCAACAUCUCAGUCCAACGUCUCUUCGCCCGUUCUGGGGAAACCGGCUCUAUUCAAAGUGAAAGACAACAUAUUAAAUGAUCAUGUCUCGCCUGUAACCAAGACAGUGAAACCGGUUCUGGACAAGACAAACCAUGACCCGUCGCAGCGUGCACCCUGGUCACCCAGGGAGAGCUUGAGUGGCUCUGAGAAAAGCGAGGAAGAGCAUCUUGAUCAACCAAAAACCUCCAUUGAAAUGCAGUCACCAGAUAAUGCCGUCACCACACCAGGCAAACACUUCAAACCCAAAGAGACGGCAUCUCCCCACUCUUCACACUCACUGCUGUCUCCCUCAAAACUAACCCCCGAGCACAAUCGGAAAGGCCAACGUGCGCCGUGGUCACCCAGGGAAAGCUUAAGUGGCUCUGAGAGGGGCGAGGAAGACCAUCUUGAAAUCCCUGAACUCCAUGCUGCUACCAUCACAACAGACAAACACCUUAAACCAAGAGAGACUGCAUCUCACCACUCACCACUCACCCCACUGUCUCCCUCAAAACUGACCCCUGAAAACAGCCAAAGAGGCCAACAAUACGGGUCUUUCCUCACAGUCACACAGGAAUAUAACAAACAUUCAAGGCUAAGCACAUCAUCAGAAGAAAGGACAAGCACAGUGGAUACAGCUGAUGACACCCCAGACGUUUACAAGGUGUCCAGCGAGAGGUCUGGUUCUGUCUGCCUUGCCAACGACACCCAAGGCCCCGGCAGACCCCCGUGGUGCCUCCCAAGUCCGAGAAGGCCCUCUUCAAAGCCAUGA